AUGUCUGCCGCCGCGCGAGCGGCGACCCUCCGGUCCCAUGCUCCGGUUCUCAGAGCAGCUUCGCAAACAUCCCGCACGGUAUCAUACUCGGCCCUGCAGGCUCAGACAUUGAAGCUCUCAGCACAGACUCAAAAGGGUCGUCUUCCUGUCUCCCAGCUGGUUUCGCCAUUCACCGUCCUUCCCUUGACCAGAUCUUUCCACGCCGCCACCCCUCUCUUCCAACAACAGCAGAAACAGCAGGAGGAGAAAAAGGGUGACGAGUCCAAGAAAGAAUCACAUGGCGAGGAAGGCAAGGAGGAAGGCAAAGAGGAAGGCAAAGAGGAAGGCAAGGAGGAGAAGAAAGACCAGGCUCCUCCGCCGCCUCACGGUGACAAGUCUCCUUGGCAAGUGUUCCGCGAUACUCUCCAGACCGAAUUCAAGGCGUCCAAGGAAUGGAAUGAGUCUACUAAAGCUCUUGCUUCCUCGGCGCAUCAGUUCACUGAGAACGAGAACAUCAAGCGUGCCCGUGCCGCCUACGAGGCUGCGUCAAGCGCCACCACCAGCCGCACUGGUGCGGCUCUUAAGUCCACUGGUCAAGUUAUUGGAAAGAGUGCCGCCUGGACUUGGAACACUUCUGUCGUGAAGGGAGUUCGCAAGGGUGUUAGCGCUACUGGUGAAGGACUCGAGAAAGCCACGCGACCCGUCCGUGAGACCGAGGCUUACAAGAGCGUGAAGGAUGCCAUUGAUGACGGUAGCAGCUCUCGCUACGGUGGCUGGAUGGAGAAGGAGGAGCGUCGACGACAGCGCCAGCUCCGCGAGCAGGCAGAACUCAAAUCUGGAAAGCGCAAGGUGGAGCAGAUGGUUGAGGAUCCCAAUGCCGGUACCAACGUUACUCUCCACAAGGAUGCCGCUUGGAAGGAGUCAUGGCGCAACUUCAAGGACUCGAACCCUAUGAUGCAGAAGCUCUUCGGCUUCCGGGAAGUCUACGAAGAGUCCGAGAACCCUUUCAUCAGUACCGCUCGGAGCAUCUCCGACCGAGUUACUGGCUUCUUCGCCGAGACCGAGACCGCCACUGUCAUCAAGAAGUUCCGUGAGGUUGAUCCUAACUUCCAGAUGGAAGAGUUCCUCCGCGAACUCCGUGAAUACAUGCUUCCUGAAGUCCUGGACGCUUAUGUCAAGGGCGACAUUGAGACUUUGAAGCUCUGGCUCUCUGAUGCGCAGUUCUCCGUCUACGCUGCCCUCGCCAAGCAAUACACCACCGCUGGUCUGGUUUCGGAUGGCCGCAUCCUCGACAUCCGUGGGGUUGACGUUAUGAGCGCCCGCAUUCUGGACCCCGGUGACAUUCCCGUCUUCGUCGUUACCUGCCGUGCUCAGGAAGUUCAUGUCUACAAGAACGCCAAGACCGGCAAGCUCGCUGCUGGUAUGGAGGACAAGGUCCAGCUGGUCACCUACGCUAUCGGCUUGACUCGCAUCCCGGAGGAGGUCAACAACCCCGAGACCCGGGGCUGGAGACUGAUCGAGCUGCAGAAGGCUGCUCGCGACUACAUUUAA